AUGACUGAGCAAACUUCGAGGUUAGUAUCUCUAUCUACACUGCUGGAUUCUACGACGUGGUGCAGCAGACUGUCCCUUACUGCAGUGACUUCCCCUAGGCGUCUCGGCAGUUCCAGCUUUUUCGCUAAAAGAGCAAAUCUCUCCAGUGCGGCAUGUCCCGCUGUUCUCUCGGCCGUUGUGGAAACGUCCUGCCCUAGUGUGGAUUCAGACGUUGCGUUCACGGGUGGCUGUCUUCCCACGGGAACCCGUUCCGUGACAGCAGUGGCCACGGCCCAGCAGUCCGCUUCGGCGAGCAGCGAGGCAUCGGAGGUUGACCUACUGGCGCACGGGAACUAUGCCACAACGCGUCCUGCCCACUGCGGCAGUCUGAUCGCUGACGGAGGAGAAUCUGUCACUCUACACACUGAGAGUAAAAUACAGAGAGGCAGUGAGAUCAAGUGGACCUCUGAAGAUAAAACCAUUCUGGUAACUGGAAAGAGUGGAGAUGACAAAGAGACCAAAUUUAUUGAUGAGAGAUUCAAAGACAGACUGAAGAUGAAUCAUCACACUGGAGAUCUCACCAUCACAGACAUCAGACACCGAGAUGCUGGACUUUACACAUUACAGCAGAUCAACAGUGAUGGAAAGAUCUCAUACAGAAUAUUCAGUGUUUGGAUCAAAGAGAGGAUUGUAACAGUAAUGUUGGGAGGUUCUGUUACUUUAAAGAUUGAUGUUACUGGAAUACAGACUGAUGAUGUGAUUCAGUGGAGAUUUGGAGAUGAAGAAACUCUCAUAGCUGAAAUGACUGUAGGGACUAAACCCUCAUAUGACUCGACUGAUGAGAGAUUCAGAAACAGACUGAUGCUGGUCCAAGAGACUGGAGAUCUCACCAUCACACACAUCACACAGAGAGAUGAUGGACUUUACACAUUACAGCAGAUCAACAGUGAUGGAAAGAUCUCAUGCAGAAUAUUCAGGGUUUGUGUUCGUGUUAUAAAAGAGGAGAGGAUAAAAUCAGUAAUGUCUGGAGGUUUUGUUACUUUAAAGACUGAUGUUACUGAAAUACAGACUGAUGAUGUGAUUCAGUGGAGAUUUGGAGAUGAAGAAACUCUCAUAGCUGAAAUGACUGUAGGGACUGAACCCUCAUAUGACUCGAAUGAUGAGAGAUUCAGAAACAGACUGAAGAUGAACCAAGAGACUGGAGAUCUCACCAUCACAAACAUCACAUCUGAACUCUAUGGAGUUUAUAAAGCUCAGAUCAUCAGCAGUAGAGGAACAGAAUAUAGGAAAUACAGGGUUGUCAUCUCAAUGAUCACAUACAAGGGAGAAUCUGUCACUCUAAAGACUGAGAGUGAAAUACAGAGAGACAGUGAGAUCAAGUGGAUCUCUGAAGAUAAAACCAUUCUGGUCACUGGAAAGAAUGGAGAUGACAAAGAGACCAAAUAUAAACAUGUUUGGAGAUUCAGAGACAGACUGAAGAUGAAUCAUGAGACUGGAGAUCUCACCAUCAGAGACAUCAAACAGACAGAUGAUGGACUUUACACAUUACAGCAGAUCAACAGUGAUGGAAAGAUCUCAUGCAGAAUAUUCAGGGUUUGUGUUCGUGAGAGGAUUAUAACAGUAAUGUUGGGAGGUUUUGUUACUCUAAAGACUGAUGUUACUGAAAUACAGACUGAUGAUGUGAUUCAGUGGAGAUUUGGAGAUGAAGAAACUCUCAUAGCUGAAAUGACUGUAGGGACUAAAUCCUCAUAUGACUCGACUGAUGAGAGAUUCAGAAACAGACUGAAGCUGGACCAAGAGACUGGAGAUCUCACCAUCACAGACAUCACAACUGAACUCUCUGGAGUUUAUAGAGCAAAGAUCAUCAGCAACAGUAGAGGAACAGAAUACAGAACAUACAGGGUUAACAUCUCUGAUGAACAUUUUCUACAUCUGGACGAGCCGAACUUGAUUUGGUUUCCGGACAGAUUUGAAUUUCCGCCACAUUGUGACUUUCAAAAUCUAUUUUUAGACAAUGAUGAUGAAACAGACACUGAUUAUGAAACAGUGACUGAUUAUGAAACGGAACUGAACAAACAGAGAUCAGCAGCACAUAGAAGAGAAAAUGAAGACAGAAUCACAUCAGUAGAGUUGGGAGGUUUUGUUACUCUAGACACUGGAAUACAGAGAGUUGAUGUGAUUCAGUGGAGAUUUGGAGAUGAAGAAACUCUCAUAGCUGAAAUGACUGGAGACACUGAACCCUCAUAUGACUCGACUGAUGAGAGAUUCAGAAACAGACUGAAGAUGAACCCUUGGACUGGAGAUCUCACCAUCAGAGACAUCACAUCUGAACUCUCUGGAGUUUAUAGAGCAAAGAUCAUCAGCAGUAGAGGAACAGAAUACAGAACAUACAGGGUUGUCAUAUCUGUGAUCACUGACGGAGGAGAAUCUGUCACUCUAAAGACUGAGAGUAAAAUACAGAGAGACAGUAAGAUCAAGUGGAUCUCUGAAGAUGAAACCAUUCUGGUAACUGGAAAGAACAGAGACCACAAUGAGACCAAAUUCAUUGAUGAGAGAUUCAAAGACAGACUGAACAUGAAUCAUCUCACUGGAGAUCUCACCAUCACAGACAUCAGACACCGAGAUGCUGGACUCUACACAUUACAGCAGAUCAACAGUGAUGGAAAGAUCUCAUGCAGAAUAUUCAGUGUUUGCGUCCGUGAGAGAAUAAAACCAGUAAUGUUGGGAGGUUUUGUUACUCUAAAGACUGAUGUUACUGAAAUACAGACUGAUGAUGUGAUUCAGUGGAGAUUUGGAGAUGAAGAAACUCUCAUAGCUGAAAUGACUGUAGGGACUAAACCCUCAUAUGACUCGACUGAUGAGAGAUUCACUGACAGACUGACGAUGAACCCAAAGACUGGAGAUCUCACCAUCACAAACAUCACAUCUGAACUCUCUGGAGUUUAUAAAGCUCAGAUCAUCAGCAGUAGAGGAACAACAUACAGAACAUACAGGGUUGUCGUCUCUGAGAGAAUAAAAUCAGUAGAGUUGGGAGGUUUUGUUACUCUAAACACGGCUGCUUCUGGAAUACAGACUGAUGAUGUGAUUCAGUGGAGAUUUGGAGAUGAAGAAACUCUCAUAGCUGAAAUGACUAGAGGCACUGAACCCUCAUAUGACUCGACUGAUGAGAGACUGAAGAUGAACCCUUGGACUGGAGAUCUCACCAUCACAAACAUCACAUCUGAACUCACUGGAGUUUAUAGAGCUCAGAUCAUCAGCAGGAGAGGAACAGAAUACAGAACGUACAGAAUUGUCAUCUCUGUGAUCACUGACAGAGGAGAAUCUGUCACUCUAAACACUGAGAGUGAAAUACAGAGAGACAGUGAGAUCAAGUGGAUCUCUGAAGAUAAAACGUUUCUGGUCACUGGAAAGAAUGGAGACGACAGAGAGACCAAAUAUACAGAUGAUGUCAUAUUCAGAGACAGACUGAAGAUGAAUCAUCAGACUGGAGAUCUCACCAUCACACACAUCACACAGAGAGAUGAUGGACUCUACACAUUACAGCAGAUCAACAGUGAUGGAAAGAUCUCAUGCAGAAUAUUCAGUGUUUGGGUCAAAGAGAACGUCAGAUCAGUAAUGUUGGGAGAUUCUGUUGCUCUAGAGACUGAUGUUACUGAAAUACAGACUGAUGAUGUGAUUCAGUGGAGAUUUGGAGAUGAAGAAACUGUCAUAGCUGAAAUGACUGGAGACACUGAACCCUCAUAUGACUCGACUGAUGAGAGAUUCAGAAACAGACUGAAGCUGGACCAAGAGACUGGAGAUCUCACCAUCACAAACAUCACAUCUGAACUCUCUGGAGUUUAUAGAGCAAAGAUCAUCAGCAGUAGAGGAACAGAAUACAGAACAUUCAGGGUUAACAUCUCUGAGGAGAGGAUAAAAACAGUAAUGUUGGGAGGUUUUGUUACUCUAAAGACUGAUGUUACUGAAAUACAGACUGAUGAUGUGAUUCAGUGGAGAUUUGGAGAUGAAGAAACUCUCAUAGCUGAAAUGAAUGGAGGGACUAAGCACUCAUUUUACUCGACUGAUGAGAGAUUCACAGACAGACUGAAGAUGAAGCCAAAGACUGGAGAUCUCACCAUCACAAACAUCACAUCUGAACUCUCUGGAGUUUACAGAGUUCAGAUCCGCAGCAGGGGAAGAGAGACGAUAUACAAGGUUGUCAUCUCUGUGAUCACAUACACAGGAGAAUCUGUCACUCUAAACACUGAGAGUGAAAUACAGAGAGACAGUGAGAUCAAGUGGAUCUCUGAAGAUGAAACCAUUCUAGUAACUGGAAAGAAUGGAGACGACAGAGAGACCAAAUAUACUGAUCAUAUAAGAUUCAAAGACAGACUGAAGAUGAACUCUGAGACUGGAGAUCUCACCAUCACAGACAUCAUACAGACAAAUGAUGGACUUUACACAUUACAGCAGAUCAACGGUGAUGGAAAGAUCUCAUGCAAAAUAUUCAGUGUUUGGGUCUACGGCCGUCGUCCAUAUCAGAUCAAGCCGAACUCAGAGGAGAGAAUAAAAUCAGUGAAGUCUGAAGGUUCUGUUACUUUAAAGACUGAUGUUACUGAAAUACAGAGAGGUGAUGUGAUUCAGUGGAGAUUUGGAGAUGAAGAAACUCUCAUAGCUGAAAUGACUGGAAGGACUGAACCCUCAUAUGACUCGACUGAUGAGAGAUUCAGUGACAGACUUAUGCUGGACCAAGAGACUGGAGAUCUCACCAUCACAAACAUCACAUCUGAACUCUCUGGAGUUUAUAAAGCAAAGAUCAUCAGCAGCAGUAGAGACACAGAAUACAGAACAUACAGGGUUGUCAUCCGUGUGAUCGCAUACAAGAGAGAAUCUGUCACUCUAAAGACUGAGAGUGAAAUACAGAGAGACAGUGAGAUCAAGUGGAUCUCUGAAGAUGAAAACAUUCUGGUAACUGGAAAGAAUGGAGACGACAAAGAGACCAAAUAUAAAGAUAAUAAGAGAUACAAAGACAGACUGAAGAUGAAUCAUCACACUGGAGAUCUCACCAUCACAGAUAUCAGACAGACAGACAUGGGCCUUUACAAAUUACAGCUGAUCAACAGUCAUGGAAAGACCUCAUACAGAAUAUUCAGUGUUUGGGUCUACGACUGUCGUCCUCUAAAUCAGAUGAAGUUGGACUCAGGUGGGAUUCUGGACAGAUGUGAAUUUCUGCCACAUCCAGAUUCACCAGGAAUUGAAGAAAAUGAAUCAACAAUAGUUCUGAUGCCUUUACUGAAUGAAGCAGAAGAUAGAUUUUGAUCAGAUGAUAGAUGCUCAACAUCACAUCAUCAACAUCUACAGUUUUAAAACUUCAUGAUCCGUCCUCUUUUAAAGAUCAUCUUCAUGUGUGCUGUUGAGCUCAAAUGAUAAAAACUUUUAAAGCUUAAGUUACAUGUUUUGUAAUAUACAGUGAAACAAACUUUAAUGUAUUUGUCGUAGACACUGAUCAGUAUUCAGAAUCCCUUUAUAUUUUUAUAUUUUGUAUCUGUUACUCGUUGCAUAUUUUAUUAUCAGUUUGACUCUCAUGUGUUUGAUAUUGUGUGAUUGUAGACAGUAUUGAUUUAAUAUCUGAUGAUGAAGAUGAUAUAUUAUAUAUACAUGAAGAACAUCUUCAGAUUUUCUCUAACCGUCUCUAAUCUGAUUUUAUACACAUUUAUAUAACAGCUAACACCAAAAACAAGUUCAUGUUGAUGACAAUCUGUGUUUAUCAUUGUGAGGAAGAUUCUAGGAAAUACACGUGAGAAACGGUCUUGAACGUUCAGCGUUAGAUUGUGAUGUCUGUUCUGUUUUUAUUGUUGAAGAUUAUUUUAGUGUUUCAUGUACAGUAUUAUUUGCCACAUUAUGUGCCUAUAUAUUAUUUUUUGUAACGCAAAUAUUUUGCUUCUCUGAACAGAUCUGAAUAUGAAAGUAUAAAUGUAAAUUCAGAUUCCGAUAUAAUAACUUCCUGAAGCACUUGACUGAAUAACACCUGCCUGUUACCUUUUUAUUAUAAAAAAUUUAAUCUUUUAAUACAUAUCUGUUAAUAUGUUCUGCUUUGGAUGAAUCUCAUUUUUAUUUUACUUCAGAUGUCAUACAUGAACAUGUAACAGUAUUGAUAAGUGUUUGUGCCUGAUCAUUUCUGUCCAUUGAUAGAUACAUUGAUUAUUUUGAACUGCCGGUUUUUACCGUUAACUCAUCCUAGUGUGUUCAACUUUGACAUGUUUGAUUGAAUAUACAAUAUGUGCCAUUUUCAUUUUUAAUAAAUCAAUAAAAGUUCAAUUCAAA